AUGCUGGGUUUUGGCGAUGAUAGCGGAAAGAAUGCAUCAUUCAAUUUCAAACCAAAAAUAAUUAUCUUGGAGGGAGAUUCCCCGGAGCAAUUGGAAUCAGAUCUUUCAUCAUUCAAGGAAACGCAGUGGUGGAAUUACAUGGCACAUUAUUUCAUUCUCGGGAUAAAUCAGAACCAGUGCGAAAAUAUUGUUGCGAUUCUCACGACAGCCUGGAAAAUGAACAUUAUCAAGUCGAUAUACAUCUGCUUGAACACGGAAAAUAUGCCCGAAUUGUAUACUCUGAAUCCAAUAACAAACUAUGCACUUACGCCCUGGGAGAGGAUAGAAAUUCCAUUAGUUAAGGGAGCCAUCUAUCGCCAAUUAUUUGAUGCGAAUGUUUCCUGCCAGAAUUUGCACUACGACAAAACAAAAGUCUUGAACGGAUUCAAAAUUACAGGUGUUAUUGCUAAAUUUUCCAAUAAGAAGGCGAAAGAUAUGAAUGUUGUGAAUCAGAUGGCGCUAAAUUUUAAGAAAAUAUUGAACGUAAGCAUUGCUUUGAAGCUAAAACCACCUGGCGAUUUAGUGAUACAGACCAUUGCUGAUGGUACCGCAGACAUGGUCCUCAAUUAUGGAUUUAUGUAUUGGAAUCCUGAGAGGCAGUUUCUGUUUCCAUAUUUGUGGACUCAAGUAAUGGCAGUUAGAAAAUUUAAUGGUUACUUAUCAACAUUGGAGAAAAUUGAUAAUUUGUGGAGUGUCCCUAUUCGAGUUUUGGCACUCUUGAUUUUUUCCAUCUUCUUCCUGGUAAUGGUGUACGAAAAUAGAGAUAUUUCGUCAGCAAUGUUAGAACUGAUACGGCUGCUGACUUACGUAUCAAUCAAGACAACGCGUGAAAAAUUGUCAUUCAGGAUUUUCUUCUCAAUGAUGAUGAUGUUCAUGGUGAUAAGCAAUGGCGUCUUUCAGGGAGCCAUUUCUUCAUUUUUGACGAAGCCUCAGCAUGCCAAGGGAGUUGAUACGGUUGACGAGUUGAGAGAUUUGAAUUAUACACUUUAUACGAUACCAGGAACGGUCGAACGAGCCAAAGAAGAGUGUCCGGAUAAUGAAGUCAUUGAAGUUCCGCUGGAAGUUUGUCCUGAAUUGCUAUUGAAGUCGUCGCGGGCUGUCUGCGUGACAUUCCGAGAAUUCUUCUAUGAAUUUUAUGGCAAUUCCUCACUGACACUCAUGAAGCAACCAUUGAAGUCGACAUAUUUCAACCACAAGUGCAGAGAUGACUGGCCACUCCAUCAACGUGUCAACGAUUAUUUUGUGCAGACCUUUGAAGCGGGGUUGAUUAAUUAUUGGUUGACGGAGAAGAUUCGUCUCACCAUGCAGAAACAUCGCGCAAAUGAAAUGGGACUUCUGUCGCCAAACUAUAAACCAGUCCAGCUGAAAGCUCUAGAUUUUGUAUUUAAGUUAUUAGCAAUUGGACUGUGUCUUGCUACAGUCGUUUUUCUUCUAGAAGUUCUUGCAAAAGAGUGUAAAAUUGAUCUGUGGUUGUUGCGAUAG